GAAUGGGAAAGAGAAAGAAGGACGAGGGCGCUGCCGCCGCCAAGGGCCAGGCGAUCAUCCCCAGCUUCUUCAAGCGAGGUGAGACCGAUGCAUCGCGGGCUCCCACACUAGUGUGGCCAUCGCCGCAUCAUCUCAGGCGAUCAGCCGAGAAUGCGGCCAGCGCGAGUAAGAAACGGUGCUUGAAUUUAGAUGUAGACGCCGGGGCGGGCGAUGGGAAGGAUGCCGAUUGCGGAAUAUCGGGGGAAGCGAUUAAAGACAGGCGUAGAAAGUUUGUAGAUGUUCUUCUUGGAGAGGGGGACAGGGAUGGCGGUGGUGGAAAUUCCUCCUUUUAUGGAAAGCCACCGUCAGGGAAGGAGAAGCUUACUCCUCUGGAGCAGCAGAUUGUGGAGCUCAAGAAGACAUUCCCAGACAUCCUUCUCAUGGUCGAGGUGGGAUACAAGUUUCGAUUUUUCGGAGAGGAUGCGGAGAAAGCAGCCAAUGUUUUGGGAAUCGUUGCUUACUACAGCCACAACUUUCUCACUGCCAGCGUUCCAACGUUCCGGCUGCACGUACAUGUGAGAAGGCUUGUGGAAGCUGGCUACAAAGUUGGCGUUGUCAAGCAGACCGAGACAGCGGCUAUCAAAGCUCACGGGACGAACAAGGCUGGCCCAUUCUCGAGAGAUCUCUCGGCGCUAUAUACCAAGGCCACGCUCGAGGCCGGGGAGUUUCUUGGGGGAGAAGAGAGCGGGGAAAGGGAUGGACCUAUUCGUCUUAGCAGCUAUAUCAUGUGUGUUGUGGAGGAGGCAAUCACCGAGCACAAGGCCAACGCUGGAAAGGAUGAAGUGAAGGGAAGUUUUGAUGCUAGAUUUGGGGUGGUGGCCGUGGAAACCUCGACCAGAGACGUGAUGUAUGGCCACUUUCUGGACACUGUCACCAGGACGGAACUGGAAUCACGCUUGCUUGCGUGUGCUCCCGCAGAACUUCUUUUAUCUGCGUCCUUGUCCACUUCUACAAAGAAGUUGUUGAUGGACUAUGCAGGCGCAGCGGAUGUUCGAGCCGAGAAGACGCCUGAGAACUCGUUUGAAAAUGGCGGUACUGUUGCUGCUCUUGCGGACUUCUACGGGAGCUUGGCGUCUUCUAAGAAAGGCUGUCUGGACGAGAAGGUUGAUGCAGGGUUAGAGGCGUUGAUGACGAUGCCAGAAAUCGUGGUUGCUGCGUUUGCGCAUAUAUUUGCUUAUCUGAAGCAGUUUAAUCUGGAAAAUGUAUUGCGCUUAGGAGCUCUUUUCCGACCAUUUGCCGGACAGCAAGAGAUGACGCUCUCGCCCAAUACCAUCCGCCAGCUUGAGAUUCUACAUAACCAAACUGAUGGUACUGAAAACGGAUCUUUAUUCUGGCUUAUGAACCACACAAAAACUGCUUUUGGCGCGAGGCUGCUUAAGUAUUGGGUGGCCCAUCCGUUAAGAGACCGCAUGCUUAUUUCUCAACGUUUAGACGCCGUUGCGGAAAUUGCCGAAUCCAUUGGAGAUAAAGGCAGAGGCACAACAGUUGCAACUUUAGCUUCAACGUUGUUGCUGCUGGGAAAAUUGCCUGAUCUUGAGCGUGGUAUCACAAGAAUUUAUCACAAAACAGCAACAACGUAUGAGUUCAUUAACGUGAUUAAUGCGAUUAUGAAAGCAGCGUCCCAGUUUCAACGGGUUCGCGACGCCAGGUCUGCGCUCCUCAUCAGGCUAAUCUCCGCAGUGACUUCAACUUCAGUGAUAGAUCACGCAAACAAGCUUGUGACAAGUUUGAAUGCAGAGGCAGCAGCAGCUGGGGAUAAGAUUAACUUGUUUGUUGCCGGCCAGUAUCCCGAGGUAGACGAAUGCAAAGAGAACAUAAAAAGUAUUGAGGAGGAUCUCGAAAGUUUUCUUCCCAGUUAUCGGAAACUGUUGAAGUGUUCAAAUCUGGAAUACUUGAGCGUCUCGGGAAUGUCGUUUUUGGUCGAGGUUCCAUGUGCGCAGCGUGUACCUGCAGAUUGGGUUAAAAUAAACAGUACGAAAAAGGCAAACCGCUAUCAUCCUCCGGAGGUCUUGGAAGCAUCGGAAAGAAUGGCACUUGCAAAGGAGCAAUUAAAUAUAUCUUGCGCCAAAGCAUGGGACAUGUUCCUGACUGGCUUUACCUCCUAUCACAUGGAGUUCCGGGCUGCAGUACAGGCACUAGCAGCUCUCGACUGUCUUUAUUCCCUUGCUGUUGUCUCGUGCAAUCAGGGGUAUGUUCGACCGGAGUUCGUGGAUGAAGCGUGCCUUUUGAAGAUAGAAGGUGGUCGACAUCCGGUCCUAGAUUCGACUCUGCAAGAUGCAUUUGUACCAAAUGACACAGUUCUUUCUGGUGAGGGUGAACGAUCGCAAAUAAUCACUGGUCCAAACAUGGGUGGUAAAAGUUGCUACAUCCGUCAAGUUGCUCUAAUCACAAUCAUGUCCCAGAUAGGAUUGUAUGUUCCAGCCGCGACAGCCAAACUGCAUGUAUUCGUUGCCGUGUUUACGAGAAUGGGGGCGAUGGACAGAAUCCAGAGGGGCUCCAGUACGUUUUUUGAGGAGCUGAGCGAAGCUUCAACUAUCCUCCACAAGGCAACUUCUCGCUCGCUGGUAGUCAUCGACGAGCUGGAAAGAGGAACCAGCACGCACGACAGCCUUGCCAUUGCGUAUGCAACGCUCCAUCACCUUCUCCAAGAGGUUCAAUGCUUCACGCUCUUCGUUACUCACUACUUGAACGUCACGGAGGUGGUGAAGCUCUUUCCCAGCCGGGUUCAAGCAUGCCAUAUGUCAUAUCUUGUGGAGAGCCCGGAAGGAGACCUUGACAAAAGCUCUGUGCAGGAAGUGGCACAAAAGGUGAAGCUCCAGCUGGGGGUUCCAAAUAUAUAGUAGGGAUAACAUGGUUAACUAACUUGAAGUAUAAUUUAGCUUCCACUUGUGUGUUUGUCCUUGUUUUGCAUUUGGCUUACAUCUAAACCCCAAGUUUCAUAC